UACUGCAACAUUAUGGUAUCUCCAUUAAGGUCGUGUACAGAAAAGGAGGAUGGCCAAUUAAUUUCAAGAAAUUUGUUAUUCUUUUACAACCAAACUUCAAAACGAAAUUGAUUGAGGAAAUGCUGGUAGACCCGUAAGAAAUACAACGUACUGUUGAGGUUACAGCUAGAAAUUCCUGGGGAACUUGCUUGCAGUUAUGGUAAGAAAUAUCAAGUUCACUGCAAGUAUGAUCAUAAGGCAUGGUGGAUGUAAGAGACUGCGUCACAUAGCAAAUUCUUUUCAUUUAUGGUGAUGAAGUUAAUUAGGAGACUGCAAAGACAUCUAAUAGGGGUCUUAAUCUCAGAUUAGUACAUACUUAAGGCAUGACUAUUGCCCAUUUUAAUGACAAAAAGAUUGUUAGGGAAGUCACGCAUCGAUCGGGUGUUGUUGGGGGUUGAGAGAUAAGGGUGGUUUAAAGCAAAGUCACAUGUGUACAUGUUGGACGCCUUUUUAUUCAAGCGUUUGAUCUAAAUUUCUCAUCAGUAAUCCUGAGCUUCUAAACUUCAACACCUCCUCCUCCUCCCCCCUCUUCUCCUCUCUCUGGUUUUCUCUUUUUCACUUAACCUUAGUUUUCCCAUAUUUCUCAUGGAUGUUUACUUCAUGUUGUUAUACUGUCUUCCUCUCUUUUAUUUCUUCCUCUUUCUCGUGAAAAUUAUUGAUCGUGAGAACCAGUCUUGUUACAUAUUAGACUAUGAAUGCUACAAACCAACCGAUGAUAGAAUGCUCAGCACUCGGUUCUGUGGUGAACUCAUAAGAAGAAACAAGAACCUCGGCCUCCUCGAGUACAAAUUCCUCUUGAAAGCCAUUGUUAGCUCCGGCAUUGGUGAACAAACAUAUGCACCAAGAAUGGUCUUCCACAAUAGAGAAGAGUGCCCUACUCAAGAUGAUGGGAUCGAAGAGAUGGAGGAAUUUUUCUAUGAUUGCAUUGACAAAGUUUUGAAGAGGAACGGCAUUUCGCCGUCCGAGAUUGAUGUGCUAGUGGUGAAUAUUUCCAUGUUAGCUGCGGUCCCAUCUCUAUCAGCUAGAAUUGUCAACCAUUAUAAGAUGAGGGACAACAUCAAGACCUACAAUCUCACUGGUAUGGGAUGCAGUGCAAGUCUGAUAUCGGUCAACAUUGUCCAGAACAUAUUCAAGACACAAAAGAAUUUGUAUGCCCUUGUCAUAACAUCAGAGUCGUUGAGUCCUAAUUGGUAUCCAGGAAAUGACAGAUCCAUGAUACUAGCAAACUGUUUGUUCAGAUCAGGCGGUUGUGCGAUUCUUUUGACUAAUAAGGUGGCUUUGAGGAACAAAGCCAUGUUUAAAUUGAAAUGUCUAGUGAGAACUCAUCAUGGAGCAAGGGAUGAAGCCUAUGAUUGUUGCAUACAGAAGGAGGAUGAUCAAGGCCGCGUAGGGUUUCACCUCGGCAAGAAUUUGCCAAAGGCAGCCACACGUGCUUUCGUCGAUAAUUUGAAGGAAAUAGCACCCAAGAUGCUGCCUAUCAGAGAGCUUCUACGGUUCACGGUAGUUUCUUUCAUCUGGGAGAGGAUGAGAAGUAACACCAAAGAUGGAAGCAGCAGCAGCAGCAGACCUGUUAUUAAUUUCAAGACUGGUGUGGACCAUUUUUGCAUUCACACCGGAGGAAAGGCGGUGAUCGAUGGGAUAGGGCAGAGUCUGAAUCUGACCGAGUACGAUUUAGAGCCAGCAAGAAUGACUCUCCAUCGAUUUGGGAAUACUUCUGCUAGUAGCUUGUGGUAUGUUUUGGGGUACAUGGAGGCUAAAAAGAGGCUGAAGAAAGGUGAUAGAGUUUUUAUGAUUAGCUUUGGAGCUGGAUUUAAGUGUAACAGUUGUUUGUGGGAGGUGGUAAGAGAUGUGGGUGGUGGAAAUGCAUGGGAAGACUGCAUUAAUAGCUAUCCACCUAAAACCCUAACGAACCCUUUCUUGGAGAUGUACGGGUGGCUCCAAAAUGAGGAUCCAGACACCUUUUACGUUCCUGAAGACUUUGUCAUCCCAUGACUCUUCUUUUGAUCAUUGUAUUGUUAGCACUUCUCAAUUAUUUUCCUUUUCCUUUCUUAAUUUUUUGCAUGAAUGUCAAACAAAAAGCUUUUACAGUUUUAUUUUCAUUUCCGGAUUCUUUCUCAUCAAAUAGUACGUAGGAGAUGUGGCUCCUUGUAUUUGGGCAAGAAGCUUGCUAUAAUUCUUGCUUCAUAUUUUCUCGACUUGUAUACAGUAUAUGUGGUACAAAUAUAGAUAUAUAGCUUCCAUUUUCUGCUGGAAUGUAGUUCUUGGUAUUAUUGAAGAGGGAACCAGAGGAUCAUCAUGUCCUUAGAGGCAAAUAAAGCGACAUGUUACUGAUUAUGGCUA